GAAAAGACUUCAUUUAUGUUUUUACGUCAAGAGUUACCUGUAAGAUUGGCAAAUAUAAUGAAAGAAAUAAGCCUGCUUCCAGACAACCUUUUAAGAACACCUUCAGUUCAGCUAGUGCAGAGCUGAGCUAAGAGGUGUUAAACAUUAGUAUCUUCGCAAAAUGGAGGAUCCUUGUGGACAAAAAUUCAUCAUCCAGAACUUCAUUUUUUUAAGGUAUGAUCAGAGUCUUCAGGAGAUCCUUGACUUCAAGGACAAAAAUGCAGAAGAUUCAGAAACUAUUCAUAGUUUUACAGAUACCGUGAUCAAAAUCCGGAAUCGACAUAAUGAUGUAAUCCCUACUAUGGCUCAGGGUGUGGUUGAGUACAAGGAGAGCUUUGGUAUUGAUCCAGUAACCUCCCAGAAUGUGCAGUACUUUUUGGAUCGUUUCUACAUGAGUCGCAUAUCAAUUAGAAUGCUUCUUAAUCAACAUUCUUUGCUUUUUGGUGGAAAAAUUAAAGUUAAUCCAGCUCACCCAAAACACAUUGGAAGCAUUAAUCCCAACUGUGAUGUUGUAGGAGUUAUUAAAGAUGGCUAUGAAAAUGCGAAGACGCUUUGUGAUUUGUAUUACAUGAGCUCUCCAGAACUUGUCCUUGAAGAGAUGAAUGUAAAAUCCCCAGGACAGCCCAUACAAGUAGUAUAUGUACCAUCCCAUCUCUAUCACAUGGUUUUUGAACUUUUCAAGAAUGCAAUGAGAGCCACGAUGGAGCACAAUGCUGAUCGAUGUAUUUAUCCUCCAGUUCAUGUACAUGUUACGCUGGGAAAUGAAGAUUUAACUGUGAAGAUGAGUGAUCGUGGUGGUGGCGUUCCUGUGAGAAAGAUUGACAGACUGUUCAACUAUAUGUAUUCAACUGCACCACAUCCUCGAGUUGAGACAUCAAGAGCAACACCCCUGGCUGGGUUUGGUUAUGGUUUGCCCAUAUCACGUCUGUAUGCACAGUACUUCCAAGGAGAUCUGAAGCUGUAUUCCUUUGAAGGUUACGGUACAGAUGCAGUUAUCUACAUAAAGGCUUUGUCAACGGAAUCAAUUGAAAGGCUCCCUGUGUAUAAUAAAUCAGCUUGGAAACAUUAUAAGGCAAACCAUGAAGCAGAUGACUGGUGUGUGCCAAGCAGUGAACCAAAGGACAUGACCACUUUCCGAACUUGGAUACGCUUAUAUCUCAACUCUGGAAAUUACAACUCUAAAUUGGAUUUUUGUAAAGAAGAAAAAGCAUAGCAGUAGUCACUGAUAAUCAUCUCAGGUAUGUAGUACCAGUUCUUCUGGUAUGACUGUGUUUGACUAUUUGAAUGACCAUAUUGGGCGCCUGUAUACACCACAGGUUUUAAUCCUCAUUAAGUAGGUUUAUAAAAUUUAAACUUGUUAAUUUUGGAGCGUUGAAUCUGUAUUUACAUGGAUUAUGUUUUCAAACGAAUUAAGCCGGGUCCUUGGCCAGCAACACAGGAGAGUAGGAUGGUCCAGCGCUGCCCUGCCAGCGUGGGGCCCCCCCACUCACCCCAUGCCCGUCCCUUCCACACAGCUGUAGAAGCAGGGAGCUGGCAAACCACACAUGCACAAAAAAACCCUGUGUCCAAGGAGUGUUACUUUUAAAAAGCGGAAACAAUUUGAAAGCAAAAGCAAUUCGAAGGGGUGAACUAUAAAAAAAAAAAAAAAAAAAAAAAAAAAAAAAAAAAAUUGCCAGUGCCAUCUGGUGGAUAAAGGCUCAUUACACAUCUUUGAGUACCCUUGUGUUGGCAUGUAACAAAUCCAUGGAUGCAAUGCUUUAAUUCCCAGCGAGCCAAACUAAACUACGUCUAAGGAGUUUUAGUUUAAUGCACAAGAAAGACUUUUAAAGUGUUGGGAAAUUCCACUCACGCAAACAGACAAGCAGUUGCAGCGCAUGAAAGGGCAAAAAUUGUGGUGUGUACAUGAGCCCAUUAUGACGAAUCUUAUGAGACAAAUUAGUGUAAUGAAUAUGACACCUCUGUAUGUUACUGGAAUAUGUUAACCUGCUUCUCAGGAGCAGUUAAAGAAUUCAAGAAAACUUGUGUUUUGAUAUGUCAAAACAUACCUAGUACCCAGAACUUCUGGUCUUAUUCUGGUCAUACGGAAAGCAGAACUUGUCCUCCAGGCAAGUAAAGGGAUAUUAUCGAAACAAUGUAUUAGACUGUGGGGGAGGGAGGAUGAAUCAACCUCUGAGGACUAUGACAAGGUUAGUAGUUUUCUUGCUGCUUGGUUCAAAUCGCAUCUCAGUUCUAUACAUACUUUCACUGAAUCCUCUCAUUCUGGAAGCUUUCAAGGAGGAUGCAGGAAAGCACUUGCUUAAAAUUCCACCUCCUUACCUCAAGUGAUCUAGCAACUCAGGGGCUGGCAACUUUACUAACCAUAGACUAUCCCUUGAGACUCAGCUUUGCUCUGUGGGCUGCCCAUCUCCUGCUGUGGCCUGGUUGUUUCUGCUGUGUGUAAGUUGGCUGAUCUCUACCCCUUGCCCACCCAAAAGCAGCCUCCUCUGAAAGACACAGCAAGGGACAGUUUAAUUUAGUGAGCAGAGGCUGCAGUGUGGAGGGGAGAGCAGCCCUCAACAUGGAGCUGAAAAAUGCAAAGACUACCCCCUCCACUGCAAGAGCCAGCAGCAAGGGAUUAGUCAACUACUAGUAAAAUGAGGAAUAUGGAAUCUGGGCCAGAUGUGGCAGACUGUAAUGGGUUAUCGGUGUACUGUUAGCAAAACGCAGAUGAUCCACCGUAGGUUGUAGACUCUUGCUUGAAUCCAAACUAUUAGUCUGGGGUGCUGAGUUGAAAUGUUCACAUUUAUUCAGCUGUUAACACCCUCUUGGCUCAGGAUAGGUCAGAGGAGGGUGACACGUAUCGGUCUGUCUGAUCCCAAUCACUGGAUUUCUUGUUGCACACCUCAAAGAAGCGGCUGGAACUGUAACAUUGUAGGCUAGUGCUGUGCGAGAUGGCUUUUGUUGCUUUAGCAAGACGAAUCUCCCUUACCAUGAUGUGAGAAGGUGAAGUGUUUGAGGCAUAAUGCCUUUUCAUUGUAGUGCCAUCUCAGAGACCAGGUGUAAAGCCUGUUUCCUGCUCAAUGCCCAAUACAAUUGAGUGCCUAGACAUGAGAAGCAAGGCUGUUCUCAUGUCUAUCUCAGACUUGAUUAGAGUCUGCUGUAGUGUAGUAAUUACUGCAACAGCCUCCAGUGUCUUGUGUAUCAGCGUCCCUGUACUCAAAAAUGGUGGUGGGGGCACUUUACCUAAAGCUCAUUCAAGAUAAGUGGUGGGGGGAGGGGGUGCUUUAAGCUGGUUGACACUUAUACAUGAGGUGCUCUGGGCACUUCAAUUAAAGCAGCUUCUGCUCUAAUUAAAGACUUCUGCCCCACCUCCCAGAGCAUGUGUAUAAACACCCAUUAGGGCUGUGCAAGAAAGCACUCAGCCAGAAAGAUGCAAUUGGGGCCCAACAUUUGUAAAAUUUAAAGGAAGUAUUUUGUACCUGUUACUUUUGACAACCUUAAAGCUAAAAGGAUAACUUAAAAAAAAUGAAGUACACGUUUUAAGGCUGAACACAUUUUAUACUAGUUCUGAAAAAUGUUAAAACAAAUAUCAUGAUUCAAGAAUUAAUUGACCUGACUUGAGUAGCAUUUAAGGAAAAGUGCAAGAUAUGUUUUUAAAGGUAAGGGUAUUAUAGUCUGCCUCUUAUGACUGUCUGUCCAGCACAUAUGAGUAUGUGGGGUUACAGAAACUGAAAUCUUUGCUUACAUCCCUGCUAUGUAGGAGCUUGAGUUUGCGUUACUGAAGUAAAAAAGCAGGGCCUUAAAUCAACUUUUGUAUAUAGAUAUUUCAGUAGUUUUCUCCUGUAAUGAUUAUGGUGGAAAUAAAAUUAUUGUAAUCUUCA